AUGGAUUCACGUGUAAUUCUUUCUGAUAAAAAUACAAUGCCACGACUUGGUCUUGGUACAUGGAGAAGUGAACCAGAAAAAGUCCAAAAUAUAGUUAAAGAAGCUAUAUUAAAUUGUGGUUAUCGUCAUAUUGAUUGUGCGUGGUUAUAUAAAAAUGAAAGUGAAGUUGGUAAUGGUAUUAAUGAAGCCUUAGACUUAAGUCAAGGAAAAAUAAAACGUGAAGAUUUAUUCAUUACAACUAAAUUAUGGAAUCAACAUCAUGGACGAGAAGAUGUUGAAUGGGCUAUUCGUGAUAGUUUAGAAAAACUUCGAUUAGAUUAUGUUGAUCUUUAUCUUAUGCAUUGGCCUGUUGCUUUUAAAAAGAUGAAUGAAAAUCAAUGGUCACAAAAUGAAGAUAAAACAGUUCGUUAUUAUGAUGAAAAUAUAACACUUGCUGAUACAUGGAAAUCAAUGGAAAGAUUAGUUGAUUUAAAAUUAGUACGUUCAAUAGGUGUAUCAAAUUUCAAACCAUCAGAAAUAAAUGAAAUUAUUCAAAUAGCUCGUAUUAAACCAGUUGUAAAUCAAAUUGAACUUCAUCCAUAUUUAAAUCAAAAAGAAUUACGUGAAUAUUCUAAAAAAGAAAAUCUUAUUCUAACAAGUUAUUGUCCAUUAGCAAAUUUAAAACGAUUAAAUGAACGUGAAGAAGAAACAUCACCAUUAUAUAAUCCUAUUAUUAAACAAAUAGCAAAAUCAAAAAAUCGAACAACAUCACAAAUUAUUAUUCGAUGGCAUCUUCAACAUGGUCUUACUCUUAUUCCAAAAACAAUUACAUUACAACGUCUUUAUGAAAAUUGUCAAGUAUUUGAUUUUAAUUUAUCAGACAAUGAUAUGUUUAUAAUUGAUCAAUUAGAAAAAACACAUCAUAGACGUUUCGUUAAUCCACCAUUUUUACCACCUGGGAAUAAAAAUGUAUUUGAUGAUUAA